AUGGGCGGCAGUCUACUUCAAACAGGGGGCCCUGCCGAUCCUUCGCUAGCCAGUUCAGUUAGACACUACGCUGAGCGAACAAUCGGAUGCGUAAAACAAGAGGUAAACGAAGGGGUAAAUGAAAAGGUAAACGAACACGUAAACGAAGGGGUAAAUGAAAAGGUAAACGAACACGUAAACGAAAAGGUAAAUGAAAAGGUAAACGAACACGUAAACGAAAAGGUAAAUGAACAGGUAAAUGAAUAUGUAAACACGGGUACGAGCAGAAAUGUAAAGAGAGCCGCAAAGAGAGCCGCAAAGAGAGCCGCAAAGAGAGCUGCACACUGA